UUGAAUCUCCGCCACCCACCACUUGUCACCUUUCUACUGGACCCCUCUCCUCGUGACCUCCACUUUUAAAUAUCCUAUUCCCUUCUUGUUUCCAUAUUCACUUUGACGGACGAGUGUGAACUCUUCAUCAAUUCAUCCCAAUUCCAAAACAUUUCCAAGAAAUUACGUUUUAGUUUGAUAUAUCAAGGAUGUUGCCCACUGAAUCAUCACGUGAGGAAAAUGUCUACAUGGCCAAGUUGGCUGAACAGGCUGAACGUUAUGAGGAAAUGGUGGAGUUUAUGGAAAAGGUUGCAAAGACAGUGGAUGUGGAGGAGCUAACUGUGGAGGAAAGGAAUCUUCUCUCUGUCGCUUACAAGAACGUCAUUGGGGCUAGAAGGGCUUCAUGGAGGAUAAUCUCUUCCAUUGAGCAGAAGGAAGAGAGCAGAGGAAAUGAGGAUCACGUGUCAAUAAUUAAGGAGUACAGAGGUAAGAUUGAAGCUGAGCUGAGCAAGAUUUGUGAUGGGAUCUUGAGCCUCCUUGAGUCGCAUCUCAUUCCCUCUGCCUCAUCUGCUGAGUCUAAGGUAUUCUACCUCAAGAUGAAGGGUGAUUAUCACCGGUAUCUUGCGGAGUUCAAGACUGCAGCUGAGAGGAAGGAAGCUGCUGAGAGUACUUUGUUGGCAUACAAGUCUGCCCAGGAUAUUGCCCUUGCUGAUCUCGCUCCUACCCACCCAAUAAGGCUUGGGCUUGCCCUUAACUUCUCCGUGUUCUAUUAUGAGAUCCUAAAUUCACCUGACCGUGCUUGUAAUCUAGCAAAGCAGGCCUUUGAUGAGGCUAUUUCUGAGCUGGAUACAUUGGGUGAGGAAUCUUACAAGGAUAGUACAUUGAUCAUGCAACUUCUCCGAGACAAUCUGACGCUCUGGACUUCUGAUAUCACGGACGAAGCUGGGGAUGAGAUCAAGGAUGCAUCAAAACGGGAAUCAGGCGAGGGACAGCCGCAACAGUGAUGAGUUAAAUUCGUAGGACGUGUAAUGUGUACUUCUAUAUCUUGUGACUUCUGAGUAGAUGCCAUCAUCUGGUGGUUGUAGCUUGGAUUGCUUGAUGAAUUUGGUAAUUCUGAGUGCUGCUGUGCACUGAGGAUUGAAAUGUUCUGGCAAUUAUCAACCUUCUACUAUUGAUUUUAGAAUGGAAGUUGGUAUUUCUUAUU